CCUGUGCCUCUGGGUAUUGAAUAAUAUUGAUCAUAAUCUAUGGGCUAGUUUGGCUAAAGACGUUGCAUGUAUUCAUUCAUACAUACCAAUGAUUUAGUAAACAAAAUUCAUUUUAAAAUAAUGACUAUUAAAAAAAUUUCACUGGUAACUUUUGACGCAAUAAAUACCUUAUUAAAAUUUCGUAUACCGCCAUGGCAUUUUUAUACACUUGCAGCUAAAGGUUACGGAUUCACUGGAACAGAAAACGAUGUAAGGUUAAAGUUUAUGGAUUCUUACAACUUCAUGUGGACAAAAUUUCCUAAUUUUGGCAAAAGUAUGAUUCCUUGGAAGAAAUGGUGGGAAAAAGUCCUUGAAAACACAUUUGCCGAUACGAUACCAAAGUUUAAAGAUACUGAUAUGUCUAAAAUUUUGAUUGAAGAAUUCAAAUCACGUAAAUUAUGGUGCGUUGCUGAAGGAAGCCGUCCUUUACUAAACAUUCUAGAGAAAAAAGGAAUGACGCUGGGAAUAAUAUCCAAUUUUGACCCUCGGUUACAUGAUAUUCUAAGAAACGUUGAUCUUACAAAACAAUUCAAGUUUAUCAUUACUUCAUAUGAGGCUGGAUUUAGCAAACCAGACCCAAAAAUCUUUAUGCUUGCUAUGAAAAAUUGUGGGUUGACUAACCCGGCGGAAUGUCUUCAUAUUGGUGAUGAUGUAAAUAAAGAUUAUGAUGGAGCAAUGAAAGCUGGCUGGCAUGCGUUGAUCGUUCCCAGCCCUCAUAAUCCUUUGUUUAUACAGACUGACAAAUCUCCCGCGUCAGAGCAUGUGUUUCAAAGUUUACAAACAUUAGCCAUUGCUAUACAAGAAGGUCAAUUGAAAUUUUAACGGGUCAUACGGGUCAUAUUAAUAGAUUAUUUAAAUUCAAAAUAUAUAAUUUUG